GUUUCAGUGUUGUUUUCGUUUUGCAUCUUCGCGUGUGGUGCAAUUUUUACGUUCGUGUCGUCGGUGUGGUACAUGUGCUCUGUUUAUUUUGUGGAAAAUCGGUGGAAAUUUAGCUUGAUUUCCCGAGGUCAGUGAUGGGAAAAGCCAAGAAAAGUAAGCCCCACAAGGCAAAGGUGAAUCCCACCGGUUUGGUGGAUGUAAAUGCCCUGGUGGAACAGGAGUUGGCAAACGGGAAAUCCGACUCGCCGAUUCAAGCCAUCGUGGACCAGUUGCAGUCGGCCAGCACGGAGGAGAAGAUUUGCGGGCUUCAGACGUUGGCCACCAUUUGCCAGAACGAUGUGAACAUUGGUGCCGUGGUGGAAAGUGACAUCGUUCGGAUCGCCGCCAGUCUUCUGAUGGAUUCGGAUUGGAGCGUGCGGCAUGCUACGGCGGGAGCUUUCCGGAAUUUGUCCGUUCAAAGUGUGGAGAUUUGCGAGUACAUGGUGGACCAAGACGUGCUGACGCCGCUGUUGGCGUUGCUGAACUGUUAUGCCACCAGCGCCGACUGGAAACCGACAUUCGAUAAGAAUCUUACGGAUCAGAUGGACGAGAAGUCCGAUACUUUUCUGCAGGCGGUGAAUUUGCUUUGGAAUCUGUGUGAAAGUACGUCGGUUGCGCUGGACAGCUUCAAUCAAUCCCAUCUGCUGGAAAGCUUUGUCAAAUGUCUCGAUGUGGCUGUUUAUGGAAAAGAGAUUGGUGUUGCCGUCGCUCAAUGUCUCCUGGUGAUCUCUGAGGAUAAUGCGGCAGCUUGGAGGAUCCUGUCGGACUUUGGCAAUGAACUGUCCUCGUUGCUCGCCCUGGAAGGAGAUUACCCCAGUGUUCUAUUGCGUACUGUUGCUGCCGGAGUAAUCGCCAACGUUCCGGCCCUGUCUGCCACCUAUCUAAGUCAGCUGAUCCAGGCGUUGUCAAAAACGCUGGAAGUAAACCAUCGUGCUGCUUUGAACAGCGUUACCAGUUCGUUGCCAUUGUUGACGCAAAAGGAUGUCGCUGAUUUGGAGGUUACAGAUGAUAAUCAAAUGGAGCAGGAGUCGCCCGAACAGUCCUUCCAGAGAAGACGACGGGCCGAUAUGCCCUCGGAGGUGGAAAUGGAAGUCAGGAACGUAGGCUGGCUCCUACAGGCCCAAAGAAUUGCGGCGGAGAUUCUGACCAACAUAUGCUCGACCGAGGAGGACGAAUGGCAGGAGGACAUGGACGAGGACAACCUUUCGGAGGCCGAAAGCGUUCACGAUUACGAGACCAACGGCGCCAACACCAGUGUGCAAAAUACCGACAAACUGCCGGUAGAGGUACUGGAAGCGAUCAAAUCUCUAGGUUUGGUAGAGAAGCUGUGGCAGAAAGCGCAACCGGUAGCGGAAAACGUGGCACAAAUUCUCGCCGAGAACGACAAAAACUUGCUGAAGCGGGUUAACAACUUGCGAGCUUCCUCAAUGCUGUGUCUUCACAAUCUAUGCAACAAUAUUUCCGCGGAUGAUCUGGGCGGUGCGGAAGGAAUCUAUCAGGUAUGGCUGGAAUUGGGACAGCAAGUUUUCCAAGGCCAUCAGAAUCCCAAACUGUUGGAAGCGUCCACUUCGCUCAUGCGUGCCACAUUGGAGCAUCUCCGUAAAAAUCCGGAGCUAUUCAAGCAGAUGACCGAAAGCGAUCUCCAACUGAUGCUGAACGGAGUGACGGAGUGCCAAGAUGCGGAAAUCCGUGCCAAUUGGCUGCGGAUGCUCGGAAUCCUCGGCUGCUUGCUGCCGGAACCCCUAAUCAAGCUGAUCAUAGAUUUCAUUCUCACCACCUGUCUGGCCGAGCAAGACCUCUGGACCGUUUCGGAAGCAAUGGAUUCAAUGAUGGACAUCUUCGCAGACAACGAUUGGAAUCAAAUCGUGCACGAUCUGGGCAUGGUGGCCAAAUGCAAGCAACUGGAUCAACGGAUGAAAUCCAAGCUGAAGCAAAGCAAACGCGAGUUGAACGAACGCUACCCGGCCGUGAGCACCGUACGGACCAACCUGGCACGGUUCUGUAAGUAUCUGGAAACCGAAAUGAAGAAAUUCAAACCAUCUUCCAUGGAAGCUUGAAGUGGGCUUGACACUCUGUUGUAAUACCAUUAUGAAUGCCUCUACUGUGCUACCUAUCAGAACUCACAAACAUAUUUGACGUAGGGUUGAAUCCAGAUUUAUAGUUUAUCAUUUGCCUCUUUAGUCGUUAUAGCUGUGUAAUAGAGAAGCAAUCUGAAUAAACUUUUCAUUUUUUCUUUGGUAGAAACAU